AUGCGUCUUCUCAACGUCAAGACCAGGAAGUUGGAGCAGUAUUUCAACAACAUCCCGAAUUAUGCGGUACUUUCUCAUCGAUGGGGCGAAGAAGAGGUCACACUCCAAGAUCUCAGCUCUCCAGCUUGUCAACUCAUGAGAGGAUAUGCCAAAGUCAAUGGAUUCUGUCUCUUGGCUGCGCAGCAUAGCUUCGACUAUGUCUGGAUCGACACCUGUUGCAUCGAUAAGACGAGCAGCGCCGAGCUCUCUGAAGCCAUAAACUCCAUGUUCCGGUGGUACGAGAAUGCCUCAGCUUGCUAUGCUUACCUUGACGACGUAGGCAGAGGUCCAGCGGACGAGGGCCAGCCCGAUGUUGAUGGCGAAUUCAAGGAGAGCCUUUGGUUCACGAGAGGCUGGACUUUGCAAGAGCUGCUCGCCCCCAAAUGCGUGCUAUUCUACGACAGAUUUUGGAGGCAAUUUGGCGACCGCUCUUCCUUAGCUGCUGAUAUCAACGCCAUCACAAAUAUCCCCACUGCCUACCUUCGUAGGGAACAAGAUUUUCGUUCAGCAAGCAUUGCCGUCCGCAUGUCGUGGGCAGCUUAUAGAGAGACUACCAGGAUCGAGGAUAGGGCGUACGCGCUUCUGGGAAUAUUCAAUGUGAACAUGCCGCUUCUUUAUGGAGAGGGUGAUCGCGCAUUUGAGAGGCUCCAGCUAGAGCUUCUAAAGCUCAACACUGACGAUUCCGUUCUUGCGUGGAGCCCGCUGGAUACCACCUUGAAGGAGGAUCCUUCGGAUGUGUUCUACAAGCGUUUCCGGAUUUAUUAUAGCGUUAUACACCUGCUAUCCGCCGACCCUCAAGAAAUUCAGUACUCCAAGCAGUACUACCGAGAAGUCUCACAUCGACCUGAGUAUCACAGGCUACUCGCUCGGAGUCCCAGAGACUUCGCUUGCUGGUCAAACAUUUCCGCCAUACCGAUGGGUGGAGCAAGCUCGGUGCCUGAAAUGACGAGCCGAGGCCUGCGAAUCACGCUUCCUCUUUUCCAACUUGAGAAGCUUGCCUACGGCCUGCUUGACUGUCAAAUUGGGACGGAUUUCACAAAAGUCGUUGCUAUCCCUCUGUUCCAGACCGCCAUUAGUGAUGAGUACAUUCGACCAAAGCAGCCCCCAUGCUUAUUGGGUCUCCCCUGGAGCACUACACGGCGCAUGCAGUAUCGUACCAUCUACAUAAGGAAGGACAAGCAGGACCACCGUCUUGAGCAACCGAUCUGGAAUACGGGUAUCAAGUGUGGUUUUGUCCGCAUCGACGCUGCACCGAACUUACCCGAGCGUUUGGUGAAAGUAGUACCGACAGAGGCGGACAAGAGGCAAUGGAGCAGCAUUUGCCCCGUUUCAGGUGCUGACCAGACUUGGAAACGCAUUCUCUUGCACUACUCAAAGGACGACGGUCAAGAUGAAGGGUUCGUUGUCGUCCUCGAGCGGCGGACCUUGAUCCGCGCAGUAUUCUCGCGUACUAUGGUUCCACCACCUUUCGUCUGUCACAUCGUCGCCAAGAAAAAGGGCCAGUCUCUCGAAGACAUGUCACAGAAUGUCGAUACAUCCAAAGCAGGCGACUUGGUUGUGUGCCCGGAUGGAACUCGGAGAGUCACAGUGAGACGCGACGCGUUCCUGAAGCACGAAAUGUUCAUUGUCACGAUCUUCUGCUCUUAUUCAUCAUGUUCGCCAAUCCAAACUCAGAUCUUUAAAGCACCCCCACGAGGACUUUUUGCUGGGGCCGGGAUGAACGCGGACGCCGCAAGCAGUUACGUCUACGAAAGUUGCAUGUUUAGUUGGCGAGAAUUCUAUUUCGUCCCCAUUACGAUUCUCUCUUGGGCGUUUCUCAGCAAUACGGUCAGCAAAGCAGAAAUUAUUGGGUUGGUCGGAUUUACUCUCUCUUACUUUGCAAUACGCCUCAAAGCUCGACAUGCCGCAUACGCCAUCCACGUGUCCAACGUGGAUACAUCUGAGUACGAAGUCGCAUUCCGUUACUGGCCUUUGGACCUGGCGUUUGUAGUUUGCUUCACAUUUAUCGAUGUCUUUAUGUUUAUUCGCUGCUUGGGACUUGGCGAGGACAAUACUGCAUUGCUGGGCCUCCAUAUACUCCCGAUCUCCAUCUGGGGCCAAAGACCUAGGACUCUUGGUACGCCUUGGAGGGAACGGCUCGUCAAGACCUGGCUGCGGUUUCGUGUUUUUGCAUUAAAUGUGUCCAUCCUACUCCUGGUACUGUCAUUCUGUAACCCAUUUACGGGGAUGGGGGCUAAUACUGGAUGA